CUCCAUCCGUCCGUCCGUCCGUCCAUCGUCGUCCCAGCUUCUUUCGCUUCUUUCUCGUACAUCCAUUACCGCCACCACCACCACUACUACGCACGCAUUAGCCGACCUCACCACUCACACCACUCGACAGGACAGCGCAACACCCCCGCUGCCGCUGCCGAUGGGCAAUACAGCAUCCAAUGAGAGCGGUGGUGGGCAAGGGGGCGGCGGCUCCUCAUCCCUCAACCCGCUAUCUCGCCCUCGAUCUCACGGCGGAGCUGCCAGUCACCCUGCUACACCCGGUCGAGCGUCCCCUAGCUGGAGCAGACAUGGCUCUGUACGAAGAGGGGCUUCCACUGCUCGCUCGUCGUCGUACAUGAGAGACAGUGGAGCGGUUAGCCAAGACUCUAGCCUACUACCCCAAUCCUCCUCGUCGGCCGCUGGUCGUGCUCGAUCGAGGUCUGGAUCCCUCUCCACGCCCAGCGUCUCGUCUCAAGCUCCAAGAGAGCGAUCUGCUACGGCCACUGGCUCCCCGACAUUGAGCAAGCCAGCGCGAGCCGCCUCUGGUAGCGCAGCAAGCUCUUCCUCAACUACGCCAGCGAACAGGCCACCCGCUGUCAAACGUCCCAGCGCCAAGGGCAAAAAUCUCGACAUCAUCGACGUCGAUGAUGAUGCUCCCAGCGCCACGACGUCGCGCCCGCCGCCGAGCUUGUCGCCCACUCUCCUCUCCACCGCCGCCUUCUCUACGCAAGGCAUCAUCUCCCCCAACCCUUCACCCAGCAUUGCGACCGACUCUCGCCAUGCGUCGGGCACUACAAGCUACGUGACACAAGAUGCCUUGGGACUGGCAACCCUCGACGAGCAGUCCACGCCGACCGGAGGAGCGCCGGGCGGUAACGCAUCCGGCAGUCGCGGCGCCUUUGGCAAGGGCAUCGCAACAGCCAUUCUCCCAGGCUCGAUGCGCUCAGACACGACUUCACCCACGAGCUUCGACGGAGAUACGACGACGACGGCAGACUCGAGCGCAAUCAGCUCGAUUGCUACGGCAUCGGAAGGAUACUCCUCGCGCAGCGGCUCCGUAUCUGGUCCCUCGACAGCGGAGAGUCAGGCACGCAGUGGGCCCAUGACAGCUGCCUUUCCCUCUUAUCUCAAGAUCCCAACCCUCAUCCCUUCCAAACAGCAACAGCCCACCCUGCCUCCUACAUCGUCGUCUCCGUCCGCGCCCAGCUCUCCAACGGGCAGCGCACCAGGAAGCGGCCACGUCACGCCCAAUUCGUCUGGCUGGAGUGCCGCUGCAGGCACAGCCAAGGCCCCAUCCGCCGUCUUGAAUACAGAGGAAGUGGUUCUUGCGCCGGGUAGUGCAAGUCGUGUCAGCUCGCCGGUGAGCGAGGACGUGCCACUGCCCGAGCAACCUGCUACGCCGACCGCCGCGCCCAUAGCCAAGGACGCUGCAGACGCUGCGGACGAGACCAACGAGGCUGGAUCGCAGGAAAGAGAGGAGGGAGGGGAGGAAGAAUUGGUAAAGGGCAGCGCCUCCCUCUCUCGCACGCCAACACCGACGCAAAAGUCGCACGCAGCCAAGGCCUUGACCCCUGCGCGCGCCCCCUCAUCCGGCAGCGACGCUCCGGCCUGGCUUCCCACGACGGAGGACUUUGCAGCCGCAGCGCAACGCCAGCGGGUACACAUCGCGACUGGCCUGGCCAGCGGGGCCACCACGCCCGUCAUGCCCAUCCCUCCUGGCCUGACCUCGGCCCCACCAUCUGCAGGCAUGCCCAUGGUAUCAAGCAGUGCUGGCGGAUCCAGCCACGGCUUGCAGUCAAUGGAUGACAAUUCGACGGCAAAGCGCCUGGCGGAUCUGUCCAUCGACGUGCCGGCUGCGACGGCUGCCCCCUCUAUCCCCCUCUCCAGUGGGCAGAAGACUCCGACGGGCAACACGGGCAGUGGCGGCGGCAUGACAGCGAGCGACUCGACCUCGUCCAACACGACCGCUACAGGCCCUACUGCAGCGGUGGCAGCCCCCGCCGGCUCAGCGACACCAAAGUCCCGCCAGCAAGCCCAAUCUCAAGCGCAACAAGCCCCACCUCAUCUCACCCCUUACUACUUCCGCAAUGCUCGCGGGCCCGUCUCCCUCAUGCCGAUCGUCCUUACCUGGCGCGGUGGAGGGCGUGAGGUGUUCGUGACGGGCACAUUCGCAAAUGAGUGGCGCUCCAAGAUUCUACUGAAGAAGACGGCUGCAGGUCAUGGGGCAUCUUCCUCUACCCCUGGCGCGCACCAGCCUACACGCCGAAGCGCAGGUGCACAUCGUAGCGAGGAGCAUAGCGUUGUCCUGCACCUGCCCCCGGGAACGCAUCGCAUGAAGUUCAUCGUCGACGAUAGGUGGCGCGUAUCGAGAGAGCUGCCCACUGCAACGGAUGGUGAUGGAAAUCUAGUCAACUACCUCGAGAUCCCCAAUGUUGGGCCGGCACACUCUGGUCCUCUGUCUGCUCCUGGGGAAGACCUGGUAGAUGUCGAGGCUGCGCGAGAGAGGGAGAGGAGGAGGGAGCGCGAUGUUGAGAGGAUCAGAGAGGCACAGAAACGCAGGCCCGGCAGCGCGGGGAGGGGAAGCAGCGAUGGGCGUGACACCGCCGCCCUCACUGCUGCUUCGGGCCCGGGAGGGAGUAGUGGUGGAUCAGGGGGAAGUGGUACCACCCUCUCCUCGCAGCAAGCUCAACUCAGCAACAAGGAAGCCUCUGCCGCGAGCGACAGCGCAGCCGCUCAGCUUCACCAUGAGUCACGCCGUCGUGCCGUUUUGGACUUGCAGGAGGAAGCUAGGCGCGCAGAGCUGGUGCGCAACGGGAACCUGGAGGACGUCUUUGGGCUCGACGAUGAGGCGCUCAGAGCCGCGGAAACGUGGGUGCAGGAGGUGCCCGAGGGCGUGCUGAGGGCGCAGCAGGCUGAGGAGGCAUAUCGGGACGCGAUCGAAGCGAACGAGGGUGGUGGUGCAGAUCAACCCGACUCCUCCAACCUCCCUCUGCCCCCCUCUCUGCCCCGUCAGCUGGAGAAGGUCAUCCUCAAUUCGAGCCCGGCCAAUCCUGCCCUCGCCCCUCCUGGGGGACUGGUGGACGACAACUCCAUUCUACCGGCACCUAACCACGUCGUGCUCAAUCACUUGACCGCUUCUGCGAUCAAGGGUGGCGUGCUGGCUGUGGGUACUACGACGAGGUACAAGAGAAAGUACGUGACGACUGUGUUCUAUAGGCCGGUGCAGGCGUGAGCGGCGUUGCGCUCGCCUUGCUCGAAUUGGUAACGUGGAAACGCUAUUUUCGUGCGACAUGCCGAGUGCUGUCGCCGGACGGGG